CAUAACAAAAACAUAACCAAAAAAAUUAUUUAUAAGAAAAAUUGGAUUGCAUAGUUAUUAAAAGAUUGUCCUCUUAAAAAUGGCCAAACCACCAACAAGGGAUAUUUUUAAGAUUAUAUUUCAAAAUCUUUUCAAAUCUCUUCGACCGCGUCAAAUACGUGGCAAUUAUGUGGGCGAGGACUACUUUGGAAAUAAAUACUAUGAGAUACCACCCAAUCCAUCAAUUGGUAAGCGUAAGGCAUCGAGAUGGUUUGAGCCGGCCGACAAGGAGGCAUUUGAUCAGGAAUUAACCGCCGAAUGGGAGGCUUGGUUAAGGGGACGCCGCGAAGAACCUCCAACGAAAGAAGAACUUGUUCGAAAUCUACAAAUUAUGGAUAUGAAGAAAAAGAACGCUGCUGAAUUGGAUGAUAAAUAUGGCAAAAAAGAUGCCGCUGGGAAACUUAUUACACCACAGGAAACAGUUGGCACAUUUCCCAAGUACAAGGAGUAUGAGAUUAUACCAAGCAAAGAUCCAGAGAAGAAAUACUAAGUUUUCUGUGCUCUAAAAUAUGGAAAGGAUGAAUAUGUGUAGCUAUAAGUAGUACAAUAAAGAAUUUGUUGUUUAAUGUAAUGCUAA